CACUGAUGCACACUGAUAGGCGGCACUGAUUGGCAGCACUAAUAAGUGGCACUAACUGGCAUUGAUAGGUGGCACUAACUGGCACUGAUGGGUGACACUGAAAGGCAGCUCAGAUGGGCACUGAUAUGUGGCAUUGAUGUGCACUGAAAUGUAGCAUUGAUGAGCACUGGCAGGUGGCAUGGAUGAGCACUGACAGCUGGCACUGCUGGGGCUACACAGAUCAUCAAGGCACACUGAUCAUCAGUGCCCUGAUGAUCACUGUCAGCGUGACAGCUCGUGAGGAGAGAAAUGCCGAUAACACUGUUCAACAGGUAAAAAGUUUUGGGCAUAAAAUUAGC